UACCGGAAGUGGCUCCACUAAGGGCGGAAGGCACCGAGGCAGGUCCUAGGUGGGUUUCUGUCCCCGCCCGGCUGCCGCGAUGGAACUCAGCGCAGACUACCUCCGGGAGAAGCUGCAGCGGGACCUGGAGGCGGAGCACGUGGAGGUGGAGGACACGACUCCUGGCCGUUGCGCGACCAGCUUCCGAGUCCUGGUGGUGUCGGCUAAGUUCGAAGGGAAGCCACUGCUUCAUAGACACCGGUUCAGCGUUGACUGUCACAUCCGGAAGCCAGUUGUGGCCCUCAGCAGGAGGCACGGAAGGAGGUCAAAGUCUCCAGGCUGGAGCCCAAGUCCACCUCAAUGGCCGCUUCCACCAGCCCUCUGCUGCAGAUGCCUUCCUCGCUGUCACCAGAUGAUGGCGGCUCCUAUUUUAUGGAGAAGUGAAAUGAGAACUGUGCCAGCCGCUCUGUCCUCACCAGCUCUCACCUCCGGCUUCUCUAACUGCCAUGGGCCAUCACCCCAGAGGCAGAGGCCGACCCGGGCCCAGGCUGACUCCUGCGCCCUCCUGGACAGUCCUUCCCAUUUCCUCUUGACCUGUUCCAUGGCGUAGCCCCUCUCCUGCACCGCCAACUGCCCUGUCCAAGGAUCCCCUCUGUUCAGUGUUUAAAAACACUCUAGGUCUCCCACGGGGCAGGGACCUGCCAACCCCGAACCACUUCCUCUUCACCCCUGCAGUUCACGCUCAAGUUUCUUGAAAGAGCUGUUGACACCCAGUCUGACUUCCCCCUCCACUGCUUCUUCACCUACUUGUCUGCUGCCACAGAGACUCGCCAUGGCCAAGGCCACCAACCAUCUCCUGAUCACACAUCAAACACAUUUUGGCGGCCACCUGAAGCUGCUGACCGCUCCCUGCCUCUGAACACCUCUCCUUUGGAAUCUAACAGGGACCUGCUCUCCCCGUCCUCUUCCUCUCUCCAGCUUUCUCUCUUGAUCCCCUUCAGGGCAUCUCUUCCCUUGCUGGACAUGUCAAGGGUCAAGUUGCCCCUUCCCCAGGCACCCCCACCACGUCUGCUGAACAACUCCCCGCCUGCCUCUGGGGCCCAGAUCUGCCCCCUGUGCUUCUGGCUUCUGACCCACAUGCCCCAUUGGUGGCUCCCAAGGUGGACACUCUCCCAGCCCUAUUCUGGGGUUUGAGAGGUGCCCCACCAGCAAUUGUCGCAGCCUAACUAUUUCUAUCACUCCUGUCACAUUCUGUUGGUAAAACACUUGCAGGACUGUCCUCGAGUCCAUGGGGAGGGGACCGUUGUUGUGGACAGUUGCAAAGACUUUGAAGCUGUCUCUGACCCACCACGGAGGACAAGGCAGGUGAUGUGGUUGUCUGAUACAGAGUGACCUUCAUCGCCAUGCAGGAAUGUCAAACCUGAUUUCUCAAGACAAAUUAAAACUAGGGAUUUUCAUGUGAAAGCUCCAGAUCUUUCAAUGUUGGCAGCUAAUUCUAAAACUUCUAAAAAUGUCGUGUGAGCAAAACUAAAAAUGGUCUUUGGUUUGGA